UACAAUGAAAAGUAAAAACUAGUCUCUUUUAUCGAUUUACGCGAUGAACUGACAGUGUCAUUCGAUUCUUUGCAAGAGUUAGUUGUUUCUGCUCUGCUACCGUUUCCAAAAUAUUAGAAUAUACAUUGCGUAUUGAUUAGUGUGAUUAUUGUCGGCACAUCAAACGUAUGUUACAAACAAUAAUAGAUUUGCUUUAAUUUAAUACUUUGAAUAAAAUAUACAAUAUAAAAUAAAAAAAAAUAGAUUUGAAGAAGAAUAGGAGGUUUAUAUGGUCAAAUUGAAGGAGAAAAUUGUAACUUUAUUUCAGGAAAAAGAAGAAAUGGACACAGAAAUUAUGUUAUCGGAUCUCACCGAAGUGCCGUCCAUAAAAAUCGGCGACUACACGCUCCAGUUCGAGCUGGGUCCUGCUAAUCCGGAAUUGCAAGAAGUAGCCAAGAAAGAAUUAAGGGAGUCUCCCGAGAUACAAAAGCAGUCAAUCGCGCGCUUGCAGGAACUAUUAAAAGGCGAGAAGGAUCUGAAAUGCCCUUUGGACAACGAGGCAUGGUUGAUCAGGUUUCUGAGGCCGUGCAAGUACUAUCCCGACUCGGCGCUCAAGCUCAUCAAGCACUAUUACCAGUUCAAGGUGAAGCACGCGUCUUUGUACGACGAUUUGAAGCCGAGCAGAGAGAAGAACAUCUUCGAGCACAAUAUCCUGACUGUGCUGCCUAAUCGCGACCAGUGCGGUCGACGUGUACUGAUAAUCGAGCUUGGCAAGAAGUGGAAGCACAACAAGUGCAGCCUCGACGAGGUCUACAAGGGAUGCGUGCUGUAUCUGGAGGCGGCUAUGCUGGAGCCGACCACGCAGAUCGCCGGCGCGGUCGUCAUCUUCGACAUGGACGGCCUUAGCCUCCAGCAAACCUGGCAGUUCACUCCGCCGUUUGCCAAGAGAAUAGUCGAUCUGCUUCAGGAGGCGAUACCUGUGAGGGUCAAGAACUUACACGUCGUGAACCAGCCGGUUAUAUUCAACAUGGUGUUCGCUCUGUUCAAACCGUUCCUGAACGAGAAGUUAAAGAACAGGAUAAUCUUCCACGGCUCCGACCGCAAAUCGUUGCAUCAGUACAUAUUGCCGAAACAUCUGCCGCCGCAAUACGGCGGUACGUUGGAACUAAAAUUGAUAAGCGGACCCCAAUGGUACUCGUUGCUGGUAAACUUGGACAAGGAAUACGAAGCUAUCUCUUCGUACGGCUACAAAAAGAAAUAGUUUCUCAGUUACUGUCUUCCUCGUAACAAAAAAUAGGUAAUUAGAUUAAAUACGGAGGAACAAUUGUAAAGCGACAUUUUCGAGAAAUGUUGGGUUUAAUAUCUCAAUUAUGACGAUUGUGGACCAUUCUCAGUCACUCGUCGAAACGUCCUUGAUGAAGCCUUGCUCACGUUGUAAAUUUAUUGUAAUUAUAUUAUUAUAUAUAGUUUUUCAAUUCUCAUUUCUUUCUUUUCAAUAAUUUCGAAAAAUUGUAUUAGAUAAAUAUUGCAACGUUGUAAAAGAAGCGACGUAACCAUUGAUGACGAUUACAAACGUAUUUUCGUACUUCUUUAAAAUCUUGAUACGGUAAAAAUUGUACUUAUUCUCUAGUAUAAAUUAAAUAUCAGAAUUAAAUAUCCAGAAAACACCAAAUAAUACGUAACGUACUUGUUAGUGUAAUUUCCCACUCAACGAUAUAACUAUAAUAUAACAUGUUAUAUAUUGUUUGAGUGAAUUGUACUUAAAGAUACAAUCUAUAGCUAUUAUAAUAUAUCUUAUGUAGGUAAAUUACAACUAACAGGUGCGUUAAUUAUAUAUUAUUUAAUAUUUGCUGGGAGUAAUUUUAUUUCAAA